AUGGGAAAGGAAACGCCUAGAAAAAGAAGCAAGUACUUCCAAAGGGACGAAGUCGAAGCGCUCCUGCAGUUUGUGGCCACUAGGAAACAUGAACUGUUUGGAACUGGAGGAAAGGGGAGCAGCAAAGAAGAAAAGUUGAAAGAAAGAACCUGGAAAAGAGCAACGCAUUUUACGAAAUGGCGAGACAUGGCUGCAAAAGCCAAAUCAUAUAAAGCCCCAAUGACAGGUGGUGGACCACCACCAGAGUACAAUGACAUACACGAGCGAGUUUUGGCAAUUUUGGCCAAAGAAGUUGUCAACGGAAUCUUGCCAGAAGAUGAGCAAAAUUCACAGGAUUCAGAGGCUACGGAUCUGAGCUUGUAUAAUGAAGAUGUUUCAGGCCCAAUUGUUUAUCAGUGUCAGCCUCUGCCUCAGCCCCAGCCUCAGCCUGAGCCUCGGUCUAUCCAGUCUAAUCAGUCGCGAGAAAUUUUGACGCAGAGACCUGCACAGAUCAGGCAAUUAGAAAUUCAGGAGGAGCUGCUGAGAAUACAACAGGCCAAAUUAAUAGUUAAACAGAAGCAAUUACAUGUAAGCGAAUCAAUUUUGGAAGAGCUAAGGAGUAUCCACAAUACCCUAGCAAAUCAACCCUCAGCCAUAGAUCUCCUUAAUUCAACUCAGCAAGGGCGCUAUUAAUAAUUUUUUCUACAUAAUGUUAUACA